AGAAAGUAGAAACUGGGAGACUGCUAUCGCCUAUCAAGUUCACAGUUCUAGAUUUCAAAAGUAUACGUGUGUCUUGUCAUCUUGGACUGCAGUUUCUAUAUUUUUGAGAAUAAUUGAAUAAUUGUAUUCACUGAAAUGGAGUUGAACACUACGUAUGAUAUAAAUAUAAUUAGUCAAAUUGACAAAGACCUAGGAAUAUUUAUUGUUGUUGAAAAAUUUAAUAGUCAUUCAACAAAAUAUUUUCAAAACUAUUUUAAACAACUUUUAAAAUUUAACGACUGUAGUGAGUGGUUUGAAAAUUUUGACUAUCCUAUUAUUGAAACGGGACAGGCAGUUAUUGUUCAAGUUGAUAAAAAACCAUGGGCACGCGGUAUUAUAUCCGAAUUUCAUAAUGAUAAAUUAUACCCUGAAAUUUAUUUAAUCGAUUCUCAGAGACAUACAGACAAAGGACACAUGAUUCAGUUGAGAACAUGUCCAUCCAAAUUUUUGCAGCUUAUAGUUCCAACCUACUAUAUUAAAGUAGAUAUUUGUUUAAAUGAUGACGAUUUAAAAGCUGCAAUUACAAUAUUGUUAAAAAAAAAUCAGUAUGGUGAAUUGAGUUUCCGUUUUAUUCCUCAAUCUUUUGAAAAUAAUAUUUAUUCAGGUGUAUUAUCCGUGAACUUAAAAGUUAAUAAUUUAAAUAUACCAUUAAAAAAGUUAUUGAAAAAUGUCCACACCAAAAAAAUUUUUGAGGACAUUCCGCAGUACAAAAACUAUCAAAAUUCAAUUUUCAAUCCAUUAAAAUUAAAACAUUUGAAAAAUAUUUUCAUACCAAGGGAACCAAGUAAUAUUGUAUUUUUAGAAGAUGAUCAAGUGUCAAGUUCCUAUAUCUCAAGUGUUCUUAAUGAUUCAAUUACAAAUCUGUCAUAUAAUUCUGCAAACGAACUUUCCUUAAACUCUAACUACUCUGAAAAUAUCUGCAUUAGUGACGACUCUGAAUUAGAAGUUCAAAAAUUAGAAAUUGGUUGUAAUACUCCAAUAACAAAACAAAACGUUUACUCUUCUAAUUGUUCUUUGAUGAGUAAGAGCAGCUCUUCUUUGCCAUCUCUAACUUCUAAUAAUAAUAAUUAUAAUAAUAGCUUAAUGUCUGAAAUAAAACAAAGUAAUGAUUUUAUUAUGAGAAUUUCCGAAUUGAAAGAUAUUGGAUGUAAUCAGGCUGAAUUAAAAGACAUUGGAUGUAAGCAAGCCGAAUUGAAAGAUAUUGGAUGUGAGCAGGACGAAUUGAAUGACAAUGGAUGUAAGCAAGCUGAUGUAAGCAAGCUGAAUUGA